AUGUCGCUUCCAGAGUCUUCAGUCAGGGGAGACUUCAGCAGGGUUCCAGUCAUUGAUUUGACCAAUCUGCGCAGUCCCCAGCUUGAUGAGCGACGAGCGCUAGCAAGAGAAAUCUAUGAUGCCUGUAUGCAAGUUGGGUUCUUCUAUAUCACGAAUCAUGGAAUUCCCCAAGCGACUAUCUCAGCACUUCAUGAAGCAGCAUGCCAGUUCUUCGCUCUCCCAGACGACCGGAAAUCACAAUAUUCCAUAGCCAAUUCCAAGAAAUUUCGCGGCUUCAUGCCUCUGUAUGCUGAGCAGAUGACUGGACUCGAGCUUCAACAGCCAGACCCUGACAAUGCCAGCACACCUGGAGCGUAUUCGGAAUCCUUUGAUAUGGGCUAUGAGCUUGCAGCAGAUCCUCAAAGAGAACCGCACGAUUCGCUUCCAUCUGAUGACUUUGGUCUCUAUGGCGACAACCAGUGGCCCUCUGAGGACGAAUUGCCUCGUUUUCGACGGACUUACAUCGAAUACUUCGCAGAGGCAUUAACUCUAUGUCGUUCCUUGAUGCGAAUCUUUGCUUUGGCACUCGACUUGCCAGAAGAGUUCUUCGACCCGAUGAUGGAGUACCCAGGCGCAACAUCCAGAAUGUUACACUAUCCUUCACAAUCGGCAAAUGAUACGUCCAGGAUCGGUUUGGGCGCUCAUACGGACUAUGAGUGCAUCACCAUUCUUUCCCAGGACAAAGUGCCAGCCCUGCAAGUGCGUAACUCUAGCGAAGAGUGGAUCACUGUUCAGCCCCUUCCAAACACGCUGGUGGUUAACAUUGCGGAUUGUUUGUCCAUGUGGACAAACCGAAAGUUUAAAUCGACUGUACACCGGGUCAUCAAUAUCACUGGGGAAGAACGAUAUACGAUCCCCUUUUUCUUUGGAGUGGACUAUAACACCACGGUAUCAGUUUUGCCCAGCUGCAUAUCAGAAGACAGCCCAGCAUGUCAUCAGCCUUUCAAGGCGGGAGAGUGGGUGCGCCGUCAAUUGGCAGCCACGUAUGUUGGAUACGGUCAACGGCCGCCGGUCGAACAACGUUGACCCUGAACAUAAGCAACGAAAUCGGGUAAUGCGCAUCUUUCAC